AUGUCCAACCUCCAAAUGUCAAAUGACAUCGCUGACAGCAACCAGCGUGCUGAAAAUGUCUCUCCAAAUAAUGAAUUCCAUUCCUACAACGGCAAUGAGGCUUCAAAUCUACCCACAGUCAUAACGACGGAAAAAGAUUCCAAAGAAAAGUCUAAUUUGCCUUCCUUUGAUGCAUCCAGUGACAGAAUUGUCAAAUGGGACAAACCCAGCGAUCCCGGAAAUCCAAAAGAUUGGCCCAUGACUCGAAAAUGGGCUGCAACAACCGUGGUUUCCGCCUUUGCUUUCAUCUCUCCCGUCGCAUCAUCGAUGGUAGCACCCGCAUUGGAAGAUAUCGGUCGAGAUCUCAAUGUCCACAGUUCCGCCGUCAGAGCCCUCAUGCUAUCCAUCUUUCUCCUCGCUUAUGCUCUUGGCCCUCUGGUAGUCGGACCCCUUUCUGAACUCUAUGGAAGAGUACCCGUUCUUCAACUUUCGAAUCUGUUCUUCUUGAUAUUUAACCUUGCCUGUGGAUUUGCUCAGACAGGAACGCAAAUGAUCGUCUGUCGGUUCUUUGCUGGUCUUGGUGGUUCUGCUCCACUGAGUAUUGGCGGUGGUGUGUUAGCAGACUGUUGGCAUGCAGAACAACGUGGUCGGGCGAUUGCUAUCUAUUCUCUUGCUCCUCUCCUUGGGCCCGCUGUAGGUCCAAUAGCCGGUGCAUUUAUCACUGGAAAUACUACAUGGCGAUGGAUAUUUUGGGCCUCGUCUCUUCUCUGUCUGGCCAUUCAACUAGUUGGUCUCUUAUUUUUACAAGAGACCUAUGCACCCAUACUGCUAGAGAAGAAAGCUCAGAACCUUCGAAAAGAAACCGGUGAUGAUAGCUGGUAUGUGGAUGUACCCAGAGUGACAGCAGUUAACUGGUUAAGUAACGUCCGCGUAUCGAUCGCGAGACCAUUUAUCAUGCUUGCCACUCAGCCCAUCAUCAUUGUCAUAGCAAUUUACAUGGCCUAUCUCUACGGCCUCACAUAUCUCGUCCUUUCAUCUUUCCCUGGUUUAUUUACCAACCCCGCUUACUAUAAUAUGUCGACUGAGAUGGGCGGUCUCAACUACAUUGCCCUGGGACUUGGAUAUCUCAUGGGGGCUGAAAUGACAGCCAGAAUCAACGACUUCACCUACAACCGACUAAAAAGACGAAACAACAAUGUCGGCAUCCCAGAGUUCCGCGCGCCAGUAAUGAUCCCCUGCUCCAUCCUACUACCUAUCGGAUUCUUCUGGUACGGCUGGACAGCACAAACACACCAGCAUUGGAUUCUCCCUGACAUCGGAGCUUUCUUCAUCGCCAUGGGUACCGUCUCCGGAAUCCAAACCAUGCAAUCAUAUGUUGUUGACGCCUAUACUCGAUAUGCUGCAAGCGGAAUGGCAGCCGUCUUGGUCCUGCGUAGUCUUGCCGGUUUUGGAUUCCCCUUAUUCGCGCCUGCGAUGUACAACGCGUUGGGUUACAGUUGGGGAAAUAGUCUCCUUGCAUUUGUGGCUAUUGCGUUGGGUGUUCCAGCGCCCUACUUACUUUGGAAAUAUGGCGAAGCGCUCAGGGCGAAAAGUAAAUUUGCGGCGGGAGAUUUAACGGUGGGAUAA